AUGGAGGACCCAAACAGCAUUCUUGAUACCGAUCUUUACAAGUUGACGAUGCACUAUGUAGUCUGGUCACUCUAUCCCGAUGUUCGCGUCACUUAUGGUUUCGUCAAUCGUUCGAAAUCUACUCAACCCUUUACUCGCUCAGCUUACCUAAAUCUUUGCGAAAAAGUUGAUUGCUUCAAAACAAGAAUAUUAACUGACGAUGAGAAGGAGUGGUUGAGUUCAAAUUGCGGAUUCUUUCCGAGCACAUAUCUAGAUUAUUUGAAGUCCUAUCGAUUCAGACCAGAUGAGCAACUUGAACUCCAAUUUCACCCCCACCAGACCCCUUCAUCGGCCGAAACAGCAAACGGCAAUCCGACCACGAACGGCGAACACGUUGAAGAUGGGCCCCCAGCUGAAGAGGCGAGUGACAAAGAAACUGGGGAUUUAGAAAUUUCCAUCAAAGGACUGUGGAGCGACACGAUCCUCUACGAGGUGCCCUUAUUGAGUAUGAUCAGUCAAGCAUAUUUCGAAACGGUGGAUCGGGAGUGGAGCUACGAAUCACAAACCGACAGAGCGAAAUCAAAAGCAGAACAGCUGUUCUCGUACGGCUGCAAGUUCUCCGAAUUCGGCACCCGCCGGCGACGAUCCUGGAAGACCCAAUGCCUGGUCAUCGAGGCUAUCAAUGAAUUCGUCGCCAACAAUCCCGACUAUCGCUUUACGACCUCGAACGUCUGGAUGGCUCGCCGCUACAAUAUCAAACCCGUCGGAACGAUGGCUCAUGAGCUCAUUAUGGCUGAAGGCGCCUUGGGUGGCUACGAUGGCGUUAACAUGCGUGUCUUGAAUCAAUGGGAAAAAUGUUUCCCUCACCACCCUGAGCUGUGGAUUGCGUUGACCGAUACAUUCGGUACCAAGCCUUUCUUUGAUGAGCUUGUUAAACAUCCCGAUCUCGCCAAAAGAUGGACUGGUCUUCGUCAAGACAGUGGUGACCCUCAUGCCUUCGCCCUAAAUGCCUUGAAGGCAUGGGAGUCGAUUGGCAUUGACCCGAAGACAAAACUCGUGGUAUUUUCGGAUGGACUUGAUGUUGAAAGUUGCUGCCAAUUGCACACGUUUUGUGAAUCGAAAGGUUUAGCUGAAUCUUAUGGAAUUGGAACGCACCUAACAAACGAUUUUUGCAAGCACGAUAUCGAGGCCGAAAAGGAAUGUAAUGAGAAGAAAGUCCAAUCGAAAGCGUUAAACAUCGUGAUCAAGUUAUUCAGAGCGAACAACAGGCCUUGUGUGAAAUUAUCAGAUGUAAUCGAAAAGGCGAUAGGACCGCCAGAAGAGAUCGAGAAGAUUAGGUCGAUCCUCAAGAUUUAA